AUGAAAAGUCUUUAAAGUUUGGGUAAAUUAACAACUAAGUUAAACCCUCUUUCUUCUACUAAGCAAAGCAUGGGAUUGAAGGCUCCCAUCCCAAAAGAAUAAAUGUCUGCUGAAGAAUUAGGCGAAAAGAAAUUUAUAAAAAACGAAAAAUACUACGUUGAAGGAGGUCCAUAAUACUACAUAGCAAAAUUAUUGAACUAAAAAGGUCCUCUCAAUAAAAAUCAAAUUUGGUUCGAAUAUCAAAGAGACUAAGAAGCUGUUAAAAAUAAUAUUAUUCCAUCUAGAACAUACUUGAAAGAAAAGAUUCUUACUCAAAUGGUUCGUUAAGGAAAGCUCAAAGCUUUAGGAUUCGAUAAGGAGUAAGAAACAGAACUUGGUUAUUAACUUAAUCCUUCUAAGGCCUUUGCAAAUCUUCAUCCUGAUCUUUUACUUAAAUUAAGACCUCUCCCUAAUAUUCCAAGACUUUAAUCAAAUGAUGUUUUAUACAGAAAGAGUAUCCUUGAUGCUGAAAGCUAAGACUAAAAGAAGUGA